AUGUCGUCCCGCUUCGUGUCCGGCGGGACCAUUGCUGGGGACGACAACACCUUGGCCGCCGCCACCACAGCAACCACGUCGUCUACUGCCCCGCCGUCGUCUGCUUCCAGCGCCUGGGAGAAGGCGCAAGCACAAUUAGAGAGCGACCGACGCGCCCGCGAAGCCGCACGCAAGACGGCGAUCGAGUCCAACUCCGGCCAGUCGCUCUACGACGUGCUACAGGCAAACAAGGCCGCCAAGCAAGCCGCUUUCGAGGAGGCCAACAAGAUACGCAACCAGUUCCGCGCGCUAGAUGAUGAUGAGGUCGACUUUCUAGACGGCAUGGCGGAGGAUGAGAGGAAAAAGAAUGAGGAGCAGAAGAGGGCCGAGGAAGAAGGCUUAAAGGUGUUCAGAGACGCACAAAAGAAGGGCCAGCCAGUGGAAGAAGCAGAUGACGCGCCCGUUGCCGACGAGGUAAUUGACGAAUGGAGUACUGCUGGAGCGAGAAAGAGAAAGAGGGAAAAGGAACCCAUUAUUAAGGGUAUCAAGCGCCGCGUCAGUCAAAAUGCCCUGGCCGUAGAGUCCAAUCCGGAAGCCAAAGAUGAGACUCCGACGACUUCUAUCACCAAGGCUUCCGUAGCCAAAUCUCCCAUUCCAGCCCAGAAACCAGCAUCAUCGCCAGAGCCUAAGCCUGUUCAACCUACACCUACAACCAAGUCAAAGACGGGACUUGUAGACUACGGCUCAGAUGAGGACGACGAUGACGAUUGA